GGCAUUCGCUCGAUGCUUACUGCACCUGAUUCUGCGUGUUUGCUCAUUCUUCAGUAGGUGACACUUCGUCUGUGUGUGUGUGACUGGGGACAUUUUUAAUGAUGAACCGGGUGGCGAUACAAAGAUGGAGCAUCAUGUGUAUGUCGCGUUAAAUUUAAGCUGUUUCUUUAGCUUCCGGUAGACUUUUGGUCCAUGGAGGAGGCUGCCGCUAAUCGAGGGAUUUCAUCGUUUAUGCUGUUGAUGUUGUGAUGUCACGAUGACCAAGGGUGACUUUCCCGAAGCUAACGCAGAACUUAAGAAAGAUGUGGCGUUAAGAAGGCUUCAGGAAACUCAGCCCCAGAUGGGAAGCUAUACUUCUGAGUCAAAUUUUCAGUGUGCAAAAGGUUCACAAAGGUGACAUUUGACAUUCAGUUUUUUAAAACUGUAAUUAAUGGCAUGGAAAGCUUGAGAGGUAUACAUGCCUGAGUGAAAAUGUAUGUACAUGAUCAUAUAUAAAGAGGCAAUUGCAAAGCGUCUUGUAAGGUUGUUCAUAAGAUUUGGUUCAUUUUCACGGUAAAAUGGGACAUUAUACUAAACCUGCUCUUCCUGAAGUGUUUGGUUGGAAUAUUGGUUUGUAAUAAUAGUGUAAAUUUGUUUUCUUACUUUCAAAGGCAUUUUUCUCAAGCUAAAUGGUUCCCACCUGCCAAACUUCAGACAUGUUCAUGAAACGUAUAUGAAUGGCUGUAUUUAUGUUAAGAAAAAUGCUAAAAUGGGAAGGUGGUGUGCCAGCAUGGUGCCUCAGUAGAUCUCCCUGUCGCCUCACACCUCCAGGAUUCAAAUCAAAUCUGCCUCCCCUGUAUCUGGCUGUGCGUGAGUUUGCUGAGUUUGUAUAUGCCUGUGUAUGUCUGUGUAUGCCUGUGUAUGCCUGUGUAUGGCUGUGGAUGCCUGUGUAUGCCUGUAUAUGGCUGUGUAUACCUAUGUAUGCCUGUAUAUGCCUGUGUAAGCCUAUGUAUUCCUGUGUAUACCUACGUAUGCCUACGUAUCCCUGUGUAUGCCUGUAGAUGCCUGUGUAUGCCUGUAGAUGCCUGUGUAUGCCUGUGUAAGCCUAUGUAUGCCUGUGGAUGCCUGUGUAUGCCUACGUAUGCCUACGUAUCCCUGUGUAUGCCUAUGUAUGCUUGUGGAUGCCUGUGUAUGGCUGUGUAUGCCUGUGUAUGGCUGUGGAUGCCUGUGUAUGCCUGUGUAUGCCUGUAUAUGACUGUGUAUACCUAUGUAUGCCUGUGUAUGCCUGUGUAAGCCUAUGUAUGCCUGUGUAUGCCUACGUAUGCCUACGUAUCCCUGUGUAUGCCUAUGUAUGCUUGUGGAUGCCUGUGUAUGGCUGUAUAUGCCUGUGUAUGGCUAUGGAUGCCUGUGUAUGCCUAUGUAUGCCUGUGGAUGCCUGUGUAUGCCUAAGUAUGCCUGUGCAUGCCUACGUAUGCCUGUGCAUGCCUAUGUAUGCCUGUGUAUGCCUAUGUAUGCCUUUUCCCUGUGAUGGAGUGGCAUCCUGUCUGGGGGGGGUUCAUUGCUCCCUGUGACGGCCUUCCUCCAUUCCCCUUAUGACCCUGACCAGCAAAAGCAGCUGGAUUGAUUUAUGGAAGCUACAGGUCCAGCCUGGGAAGGAGGAGACCAUCUCACCAGAGAAUAGCGAAACCAUUCCCAAGUUCUACUUCCCUGGAGGGAAGCCCAAAGGGAACCUCAACAUCAACGCUCACAUAAUCAGAAUCCAGAAAAUAUUUUCACAGUUCCCUAAUGAAAAAGCAUCUAUUGAGGACAUGGGAAAGGUAGCCAAGGCCUGUGAGUGUCCUCUGUACUGGAAAACCCCAUUGUUCCAUUCCACUGGAGGAGACAAGACGGGGUUUGUGUCUGUUCACAACUUCACUGCAAUGUGGAUAAAAAUGUUACAGACCUGCCAUGAUGAUGCAUCCAAGUUUGUUCACCUUCUGGCCAAGCCUGGCCGUUGCUAUUUGGAACAAGAGGACUUCAUCCCAUUUCUGCAGUGUCUUGCAUUGCAGGACGUGGUGAACUCACAUGCCAGUCUGGCAUUUUUAAAGAAAGCGUCUGAUUUCCACUCUCGGUACAUUACCACGGUAAUCCAAAGAAUAUUUUACAAUGUAAAUCGAUCUUGGACAGGAAGGAUUUCAAGUUCAGAGCUCAGGAGGAGCAAUUUUUUGGAGAACGUGGCCUUGCUCGAAGAAGAGACCGAUGUCAACCAGCUGACUGACUACUUCUCCUAUGAACAUUUUUAUGUCAUUUACUGCAAGUUCUGGGAGCUUGACACAGACCACGAUCUCUACAUAAGCCAAAGUGAACUGGCUCAGCACAGCCACCAAGUCUCCCGUAAAAUAAUUGAGAGAAUAUUCUCUGGGACUGUAACCAGGAACAAGAGGACAUCCAAAGAUGGAAGGAUGAGUUAUGCAGACUUUGUCUGGUUCCUCAUAUCGGAAGAGGACAAGAAAACUUCUACCAGCAUAGAAUACUGGUUCCGCUGCAUGGACCUGGAUGGCGAUGGGGUCUUGUCCAUGUAUGAGUUGGAAUACUUCUACCAGGAGCAGUGCCACAAGUUGGAGAGUAUGUCAAUAGAGCCUCUCCCUUUUGAGGACUGUCUCUGCCAGAUGCUGGACCUUGUCAAUCCCCAGACCCAAGGAAAGAUCACCCUUUGUGACCUAAAAAGGUGCAAGAUGUCCCAUGUCUUCUUUGACACUUUCUUCAACAUUGAGAAGUACUUGGAGCAUGAACAGAGGGAUCCCUUCUCAGGACUGAGGGACCAGAGCAAUCCUUACGCAUCAGAUUGGGAGAAGUAUGCUUCUGAAGAAUAUGACGUCCUGCUGGCAGAGGAAAUGGCCAACGAGCAGGAAGAUAACGGGUAUGAAAAUACUCAUAACCCAGUAAACCACCGCAUGUUGGGUGAGUUUAGCCUGCGGACAGGAAAAACACACCUGUUUGAGCUACCCGACCCCCAGUACACACUGGACAUGUACGAGUAUGACUAUGAAGAUGAUUUCGAAUGCCGUUUCCCAAUGUAGCUUCUGACGAUGAGCAGAAGGAUCUCUGGAUCAAUGAUACGAUGACUGGAUUUGUUGCUAUGGAAAUCUGUUGCACUGAACCAUGGGACCAAGAAGCAUUUUCUCUGAGGAGCCACGUGUUGUAGGAGCAGAAAAGGUCUUGUACAAUAGAUAGUGCUGAUGUAAGUCAACGUGAACGUCCAUGUGUUCAACCGCCACAAAUUUACAGGAGAGAUUAGCUAUGGUCAUUCCUUAGCAUGGUUAUUGUAGCAUACGAAAUGCUGUACCAUUUAUACAGAACAAUAUUUUACUUACUAAAAUGCACCUCUGUGUGUGGAAGUUAUUGACCUGCUAAUGAAAAACUAUAUUUGAAUUUUUAACGUUAUAAUAUUAACAUAAUAUUCCAGUGGCAAUAUGCAUGAAAAUAAUUUAAAAAGAGUAAAGGUCUCUUUGGUAAAUGUUCCUUUAAAAAUGUGGUGCCUUACAGAUUAAUUGUCAAAGGUGAAUAUUUUCCCAUAAUUAUUUUUUACAACUUCUUUUUAUUUCUUGAAAUAUUAUCAUAGACAUUCAUAAAAGAAGCACCGGUUACAUUCCUGCACUUUUGCAAAUCAUUCUGCAAUAUUUUGUCAUUUUAUAUCUGUAAAUUUUUAAUUUUAUCUUCUUUAAGAGAAGUAUAGAUUUUAAAAUUUUAUAUAGAUCAUUUUAUUCUAUGCCAACCAGAGGCCUAUAUGAGAAAAUAAUAAAAACAGUGACAUUUCAAGUAAAUAUUUAAAACUAUAUAAUAUUUGUAGACUGUGUAGGGUUUGAAAUCCAGCAGAAUUGACCUGAUGAGAGGUUCUGACCUGAAGCUGGUCUGAUUCAGUAUUAGUGAUAUUGGGUGAAGGGCCUGUUUGGUCAGUAGUUCUCACAUUCUCCUCAUACUGUGUAUUUAUAAGCGUUUCCUGUAUAAAACGGUUUACACAGCAACACAGCUAAUGCCCGUACCAACAAAAUAACACUGCGUGCAGUCAGAUUAUCCUUAAUCCACUGCAUUUGUCUGGUGAUUUAGACCCACAGAACCCUUAAUGACAGUUAAUAGUUUGCAGGUCAAACACACAGCCAGCAUUUGACAGCCCAUAGAUUGUUGGAUUUUAAACAUUAAUCAUUUUCAUGACAGCGCACCUGUGAAUCGGCAAGCUACUGUAAGCUACAGGACUAGUAUUUGUCAAGAUAAAUAUGAACUUUGAGGUAUUUACACAUCUCAUAAGCACAUACGGGACAUACCGUUUUCAUUCUGCCCUUUUUAUCAACAAGAGCCGAGUCUUAUUUGCAUUCCAAAAACGUUUUACUCCUACAUAAUGACCUCAUGAACUGAGAUACUUUGUGCGACUCUACUCUUAAUAUCCACAAACAUGCAUCCGAUUCUUCGUACAAGUUAUGUAAGUAACUGGAAAUUAUUUUAAA